AUGCGACUCCCCCUCCAACACCAAUUUGUGCUAAUAUUGGCUGCUCUUCCGGGCACCAAGCGCAGAGCUAGUGUUCCCUACCCAUCAGCCGUAUCGUGCGACAACGUGAAAUGCGGUGCGCUGCAAAAGUGUGAGGUGAAGACGCUCGACUGCUUCACCCCGCCGUGCCCCAAUGAGCCAACUUGCGUUCCCAGCAUCAGCGGUUCAGACAUUUUAGGCUGGAUCCCGGCCAACAUCGAUUCCCUUUGUCGCACGGCUUCUCCUCCUGUUUUUGCCGCUGGGAUGGGUCGUGGUGGUGGUGGCGAGCAGGCAGAUCCGGAGACGAAUUUCGUCUACGCCAAGCCCCCCGUCAAGAACAUGAUUUUGAAGGCCUCGCUCCUCAUCGUCGUGUUGGCGAACAUCACGCUCUUUUUCGCAGUCUACGAGAUGUCGUUAACAGUGCCGUUCGGAUCGGGCAGCUAUAUGGGCUUCGGGAUCGUAAUGCUUACCGUCAGUCUAUGCGCCAUGUUUGCCGUGCUCUCCGACAAAUGGCGCUUCCUCUGCCCCCUAUUUUUCAUGCUGUUCCCCUGCGCCUUCGUGCCGGUUCUAUACUUUAUUUAUUACGUCUCGGUUCCCUUAUUCUGUCGGCUGCAACACAUGUGGGCUGGGGAUACCUCGACAGAUAUUUUCAAGCAUGAGGCCAAGCUCCAGACCUGUAUCGCUGGGUUCCCGGGCACCGAUUUCCCGCAAGCAACGUUCUUCCUUUACUUCGGAAUCGAGAAGCUGCUCGAGCUGUACCUGGUUGCGAAACUGUUGCGUGUGAUGCAAAGGGACGAGCAGGAGGUGGAAAGAUCGAUCGAGGAAGGGAAGGGGAGACGUUGUGAUUAUGACAGCGACGAGGAUAUGAUCGUCUAUGAGAGGCUCCCCCAAAAAUCCAAGAAGCUGCCCCCGAAAGUGAUCGAUCGAUGUGCAAAA